CUUUCAAAUAAUUGAACAGCUGGUAUUGAUAUUGUGAAAAACACAAAAGUAGCUGCGAUUUUUUACUGCAUCGCAGAUGCAAAUAACAUAAAUUUUAUUGUUUAACAAACUCCUCCAACUAUGAAUCAACUACCAGACGACCAUUUUCGUUACAUUUAUAGUUCUUCAUUACAUGAACAAGUGCAAAUCAAAGUUGGUACAUUAGAAGGCAAAAAACGCCAGCCAGAUUUUGAAAAACUGCUAGAAGAUCCUAUUCUGCGCUUUUCUGGCCUCUACUCGGAAGAAUGUCCCGCUUUCCAAAUACGUUUACAAGUGUUCAACAAAAAUCGACCAUAUUGCUUGCCUGUAACCACCUCUUACAAAGCAUUCAGCAAACGUUGGAGCUGGAAUGAAUGGGUGACACUGCCAUUACAAUUUUCGGACUUACCACGUACAGCUAUGUUAGUGCUAACAAUACUCGACUGUGCAGGUGCUGGCAAAACUACAGUAAUAGGUGGCACAGCAAUUUCUUUGUUCGGCAAAAAUGGUUUGUUCCGCCAAGGUAUGUUCGAUUUGCGUGUGUGGUUGGGUGUAGAAGGUGAUGGCAGUUACCCAUCGAAAACCCCAGGCAAGGGAAAGGAGUCGUCCAAAUCUCAAAUGCAACGUUUAGGUAAACUGGCAAAGAAACAUCGCAAUGGUCAGAUGCAUAAAGUCGAUUGGUUAGAUCGAUUGACAUUCCGUGAGAUAGAAGUAAUUAAUGAACGGGAGAAACGCAUGUCAGAUUACAUGUAUCUAAUGAUAGAGUUUCCAACGGCCGUAUUCCAAGAGUAUUAUAAUUAUUCCAUUGUUUACUUCGAACCAGAAGGAGAUAAAAGCCAUAAAAUACUGACAAAACCAAAAUUAGUAACCGUGCCGGAUUCAGAUAUAUUACAGGAGAAUCUCGUCGAGCGCAAACACCACCGUCUGGCACGUUCCGAACGUUCUCGUAUUUCCGAUCGCGAUGCAAAGCCCACUGCUGUCAUACGCAAUCAAUUGCACACCAUUGUGUAUCGUUAUCCACCAACAUGUGUUCUCAGCAGUGAAGAACAGGAUCUUUUGUGGAAGUUCCGUUUUUAUUUAUGUUCACAUCGCAAGGCGUUAACGAAAUUCCUCAAAUGCAUCAACUGGGAGACACAACACGAAGUCAUGCAAGCGCUCUCAUUAAUGUCCAAAUGGGAACCGAUGGAUGUGGAGGAUGCCUUAGAGUUACUUAGUCCCGUUUUUACACACCCCGAAGUGCGUCGUUAUGCCAUCAGUCGUUUGGCACAAGCGCCCGAUGAAGAUUUACUACUAUAUCUGCUGCAACUUGUACAGGCUUUGAAAUAUGAGAAUUUCAAUGAUAUUGUCGAUUUACAUAAACGUCUAUUUCCCGAUCAUGAUGUUGUGCGUUCAUUAGAUGGCACAUCCACCAUCUUAGAUUCCAGUUCGAUUUGCAGUGAUUCGCUUAGUGGUGCUUCGUCAGUGAUUGCAGCAAGUAGUGGUGGACCACAGCGCGGCAUUGUGGCAUCUGUUCUACAGCGCAAUGUACAACCAGAAAUGUCUGCAUCACGCACAACAACAACAACAACGGCAACGCCAAUUGCGAUAACAAGCACAAAAGCAGGAGCAACAGCAUCAGCAGCGGACACACCACCAAUUUCCAUUUCGACAACUUCGUCAGUUAUAGCCGCUGCUGUUGGUGGUGCUGGUGAUGGCGAUAAUAUCUAUGUAAAUACUACUUCGGUCGUUUCUGGUUCGUCUGUUGGUCUUAAUACGCUGACUAGUGAAAGCAAUACAACGGGUGCACUGAAAAAUGAUGCCGGUGAUCUCUGUACAUUCCUGAUACAACGCGCCUGCAAGAAUCCCACACUCGCGAAUUACCUUUACUGGUAUUUGUCCAUAGAGGUGGAAGAUCAUGCGUCUUUGCGUAAGCAGGAUGAGCGUGUGCAUGAUAUGUAUGUGAUGGUGUUGCGUAUCUUUCUGAAAGUGCUGGAAACGGGCAAUUUCCAACUGCGUAAUAUUUGGCAUAACUUAAAGAAACAGCAGAUUUUAGUCGAUGAAUUGGUUAAGCUGGUCAAAAUGGUGGCCAAGGAACCGGGAAAUCGCAAUAAAAAAACUGAAAAGUUCCAGAAACUCUUAACCGAAACGGAUACGUUCAAAAUCAACUUUACUGGCUUCGAUCCGCGCCCAUUUCCUUUGGAUCCAGAGAUUUACAUAACGAAAAUUGUACCCUCGAAGACAUCACUUUUCAAAAGUGCACUAAUGCCCGCCAAACUCACCUUCGUCACAACUAUCGGCAAACACGAAUAUGUGGCGAUUUUUAAACAUGGCGAUGAUCUACGUCAAGAUCAACUAAUUCUACAAAUGAUAACCUUAAUGGAUAAAUUAUUGCGACGUGAGAAUCUCGAUCUGAAAUUAACACCCUACAAGGUGCUGGCCACCAGUUCGAAACAUGGCCUGCUACAGUAUAUCGAUUCGUUUACCGUAGCCGAUGUUUUGGCGCGCGAAGGCAGUAUACAUAACUUUUUCCGUAAGCAUAAUCCCUGCGAAAAUGGACCCUAUGGCAUUGCGGCAGAGACUAUGGAUACAUAUAUAAAGAGCUGUGCGGGAUAUUGUGUGAUAACAUAUCUACUAGGUGUUGGCGAUCGCCACUUGGACAACUUGCUGCUCACAACCAACGGCAAGUUGUUCCACAUCGAUUUCGGUUACAUACUGGGACGUGAUCCGAAACCCAUGCCACCGCCCAUGAAACUCAGCAAAGAAAUGGUGGAGGCCAUGGGUGGCGUUAGCUCGGAUCAUCAUCAUGAAUUUCGUAAACAAUGCUAUACGGCAUAUUUGCAUUUGCGGCGUCACGCCAAUGUUAUGCUGAAUCUAUUUUCAUUGAUGGUGGACGCCUCAGUGCCGGAUAUAGCGCUCGAACCGGACAAGGCGGUGAAAAAGGUGGAGGAAAACUUGCAGCUAGGACUCACGGAUGAGGAGGCGGUGCAGCAUUUACAAGCACUACUCGAUGUCUCGAUUACCGCGGUUAUGCCAGCAUUGGUUGAACAGAUACAUAAAUUAGCACAGUAUUGGCGAAAGUAGAUUUUAUUUGCGUAUAAUUAUAGUUGUUAUAUACGCACGCUCUUUAUUUGCCAACAACAACAUUUGCAUGCGUAUUACUUUUUAAGCGUAAAUUUGUAAUUUAUGGAAGAGGACGUGCCGACAUGCGGGAAGUAUGACAAGCAAAUGUUAACAAAGAAUUUUCUGUAACUUUAAUUUUUAGUAUAUAAUGCAUAUACAUAUGUUUUAGCGCGUAAAAUGUUUUAUUUAGACAAAUUUAUGAACACUCAACUUCAUUAAUCACAUACAUUUAUGAAUAUUAAAUGAAAAGAAAAUAGAUUUACUGACCACUAUUACCAUA